AUGGCUGAAGUCCCGACCUUGCCCACGCCGAUUCCCAUAGCAAUCCCAGCAAAUCCCAAUGUCAUUCCAGGAAACACACUCCCGUCCGCUCCGGCCAGUCCGCCCACGCCAGCACCAAGCCCGACACCUAUGCAAAGAGAACCGGACUGGAGCACCGCUGAUCCGCGCGAAGAUAUUGGCGAAUUAGAUUUAGAAGAAGACGGAUAUGGAUUCGGAUAUCGGCACAUGCGCGCUGUGUUCGCAGAUAUGGACAAUGACGAACGUCAGCGCAUGCUCGCGGAGCUAUUGAACAUGUGCGACGGCAAACUGCUCGGCUUUGUUGCCAGUUUUGUGGGACCCCGCCUCAAGCGAGAUCCCUUUUCAGUUCUUCCCAACGAGUUGUGCUUACGCAUUCUCACUUUCAUUGGAGAUGCACGAUCUCUAGCGCGGAGUUCUCAGGUCAGCCGCCGUUGGAGGGAGCUUGUCAGCGACGACAUGGCGUGGAAGAGCCUUUGCGAGAGCCACGCCUACCGGAGGUUGUCAGAUGACGCGCCCUCGUCCUCAUCGCCCCGGCCGAUCCCCAUCCCCUCGAGCGCCGAUCAUAGACAAGGGCAGCAUCCCGCGCCAGAUUUGUCAAGCCGAACGAGUCUAAGUGCCGGAGCUCCAUUGCUCGCGCAUACUCUGUCAAAUCGAGCAGCACCAAGCACGCCGCGACCCUCUCAUCCCCAAAGUUACCGAAAGCAUUUCAAGCAGCGGUAUCAGGUCGAGACAGCAUGGCGGCACGGUGGGAAAGUGGAGACGAAGCAGAUCACGCCCGAGCAAGGCGUUGUCACAUCUUUGCAUUUAACCAAUAAAUAUAUCAUCGUUGCGCUCGACAACGCAAAGAUUCAUGUUUUCGAUCGUGAAGGACGCCAUCUGAGAUGUCUGCAAGGACACGUCAUGGGUGUCUGGGCUAUGGUCCCGCACGGCGAUACUCUCGUCAGCGGAGGCUGCGAUCGUGAUGUCCGCGUCUGGGACCUCACGACCGGAAUGGCACAGCAUAUGCUUCGUGGUCACACGAGCACGGUUCGCUGCUUGAAGAUGAGCGGUUCUAAUCUUGCCAUCUCGGGUUCUCGAGACACUACUCUUCGUGUUUGGGACAUCCGAAAGGGUGUCUGUCGACAUGUGCUGGUCGGCCAUCAAGCCAGCGUGCGGUGUUUGGAAGUCCAUGGUGAUCUUGUCGUGUCUGGAUCAUACGACACUUUCGCACGCAUCUGGUCAAUCAGCGAGGGCCGGUGUCUCCGAACGCUGGGAGGCCAUUUCAGCCAAAUCUACGCUGUUGCAUUUGACGGCCACCGAAUCGCUACCGGAUCACUAGACACAAGUGUGCGCGUAUGGGAUCCACGCGAUGGGCGUUGUCUUGCGCAGCUGCAAGGGCACACUUCGCUGGUUGGUCAGUUACAAUUGCGCAACGAUAUCCUCGUGACUGGUGGUAGCGACGGCGGUGUGAGGGUUUGGGACUUGAAGACAUAUUCGGCAAUUCACCGGCUUGCUGCACAUGACAACAGUGUGACCAGCCUUCAGUUUGACGAUACGCGCAUUGUCUCGGGAGGAUCUGAUGGUCGCGUCAAGGUUUGGGACCUACAGCGUGGUUGUCUUGUCCGAGAGCUAGGCUCCCCGGCGGAGGCUGUGUGGAGGGUGGUUUUCGAGCAGGAAAAGGCAGUGGUUCUCGCGAGUCGAGGACAGAAAACGAUAAUGGAAGUCUGGUCUUUCGCGCCACCACCAGAUUCG